CAAGAGAAGGGAACACUUAUUUUUAGUUUCUAGUUUCUAUUAUUUUUAAUUUUUCAGCGUUUCUUUAUUUAUGCCACUCACUCUAGACAAUGCUGAUUCAAGAUGAUGUCUGAUCAGUUUAGAAAAGUAGAACCAUAUUCACCAAAAUCCUCACCGCGAGGAGCGAGGUCACCAGUAGUUUCACGCCAGGAUUCUUCUGGGACCCUCAAAACCACUAUCUCGCUCGGCAAGAAUCCUGCAAUAUUACAUAGUGGUCCUUUCUAUUUGAUGAAAGAACCUCCAGGAGAAUGUGAACUAACAGGCGCAACAAAUUUAAUGGCAUAUUAUGGCCUAGAACACUCAUAUAGUAAAUUUAAUGGGAAGAAAUUAAAGGAAUCACUGUCUUCAUUCUUGCCUAAUUUACCAGGCAUAGUGGAUGGUCCUGGGCAAGAAGACAACAGUACGCUGGGGUCAGUAAUUGCCAAAAGGCCAAUCGGUGGUAAGGAAUUGCUGCCACUGAGCAGUGCACAGCUGGCAGGCUUCCGGCUGCAUCCAGGCCCUCUGCCAGAGCAGUACCGCUAUGUUAGUGCAACUCCUCCCAAAAGACAUAAAAGUAAGCAUAAGAAACAUAAACACAAAGACGGUGCUCCACCAGGACAGGACACACCUCUACAAGAUUCUUCAAAUCCAGACACAUAUGAGAAGAAACACAAAAAACAGAAACGUCACGACGACGACAAGGAGCGUAAGAAACGGAAAAAGGAGAAAAAGAGAAAAAAACAAAAGCACAGUCCGGAGCAUGGGGGGCUUACGCCCAGCCAGCAUCCCGUGGUCUAGGCAGCACUAGUAAGUAAGAUUUCUUGUAUAAUGAGAUGCAUCAAACAGGGAGACUUGUAAGCAAAUUAAUGC